AUGACAAUCAAUAGCACUGAUGUGACGCUCUCGUUUCAUGCCGACGUGUUUAAGAAGUUAUUUCCACUGGACUAUAUGCGUAAAUGUUUAGUCAAUCAAGUACGAACUGACGCACGUAUGAUUGAAGCUUUACGCCCUGUGCAAUUACAGACAAAUAUCGUCCAAACAGCAGCUAGUUCUAGUCUUGUCAAACUUGGCAAAACGUCAGUGGUGACGGCUAUUAAACUGGCAGUGGGAACACCAGCAGUAAAGACACCUGAUCAGGGAGAAAUUGCUAUUCAGGUGCAUUUGUCGCCGCUAUGCUCAAAUCGGUUUACACUUGGUCGGCCGUCGGAGGAAGCGCAAAGCAUUGGUAGUCAACUUACUAGGAUCAUUCUUGGCUCCCGCGUUGUAGAGAUGGAGAGCUUGAGUAUUGUUAGUGGCCAGUCGGCAUGGAAGCUUGUGAUCGACGUAUAUUGUAUCAAUCAUGAUGGGAACGUGCUAGAUGCUGCACUCGUGUCGAUCAUGGCGGCGCUUCGAACGUUAAAACUACCGGUUACAUCCAUUAAUGAGGCCGACAAUGUCGUCUCGAUUGUGCCAAAUGGAGAUGCUACACCGCUACGCGUGGAACACUGCGCCUACGCGACCUCAUUUGCCGUCGUAGACGACACGGUACUGAUUGACCCGACCAGCGACGAAGAGGACCUCGCUAGUGCCGUGUUCAGCCUUUCAUACAGUCCAGAAGGUCAUCUAUGCUGCAUAUACAAAGCUGGUGGCUCGAUCAUAUCUUCCAACGCAAUGCAACAGUGCAUGGAGAUUGCUAAACGAAAUACGGACGUGUUGGCUAAACUGGUGGAUGCAUCAACAGGCUAA